AUGACCGACGAUUUGCGCAACGGACACGGCAUUCCAUUGCUGCAGGUGAUCGCGCCUUCGGCCCAACGACCCUUCGAGACGCCUUCGAAACGUAUCAACGAUGGCGACGACCUCUCUUUCUUCUUGCGGAGCUCAGCCUAUGCCGACAUCAUGACCUGGAUCCUUCAGUUGAACCGUUCUAUGAUACCCAUCAAGCGUGCAGACAACUCAAAUUCUGUCGAUACAUGGCCCUCGCAGUCAAAGAACAUUGUCCUUGGCCCCGACGUGGUCAAGUUGAACCAUCUCAUCCGCUCCCUCGAUGCUCUCAUGGAAAAAGCGCCUCCGGAGUCUGGACCUCGAAGGUUUGGCAAUGCUGCCUUCCGUACAUGGUACAAGGCUGUUCAAGAAGCCACACCAUCUCUUUUGCAAGACGCCCUCUCCGACAAGUUGUGGGGCCGUGCUCGGGACGACGCCGAGCUGAGCGCACUUAAUCACGAAUUGGCUACAUACCUUCUGGGUAGUUUUGGAAGCUCCGAACGACUCGACUAUGGUACCGGCCACGAGCUGAGCUUCCUGGCAUUCUUGGCCUCUAUCUGGAAGCUGGGUGGCUUCGCCCACGCCGAUGGCGGUUCUGCUCAAUACUGUGCACCCAUCGACGCCGACGCUACCAAAAUUCCUAAUGAGGGCUCUCUCUCGGGUUCGCCAUCGCCAAAUCGCACCGCGAAGAGUGACUCGGCCGAAAUGUUUAGAAACACUAAUAUGUACUUCUCUGCCAUUGCUUUCAUCUUCGAUGUCAAGAAGGGUCCCUUCUGGGAGCACAGUCCUACUCUUUUCGAUAUAUCCGGUAUCAAGGACGGAUGGGCCAAGAUUAACAAGAUGUACAACGCCGAAGUUCUGUCCAAGUUCCCAGUUGUCCAGCACUUCCCAUUCGGUUCGCUCUUUCGAUGGGAGCAAGAUCCUAGUGCUCCGAUGCCCACCACGUCUGCUCAUAUGGGCUCUCAACCAAAGCCAUCAAACUCGUCCAAUCUCACAAAUCGAAUGUCGCAAGAGCACCGUGGCCAAGAGCCCCUCCAGGAUCUAAUCGACCAGCUUGACGAGACGUCGCAGACCAUCAGACGACACACGGACCCGAUAGGACAGAACAAGCGGCAUAGGUUCAACGUCUUUUGGGAAGUUCGCAGCCACCAGCGCUCGGCCUCGGCCACCGCAGCUCCUGAAGUCUUUACCAGCCCAGAGAUUCCUUCAUGGCCCAUAUUCACACAGCUACCACAAGGCGGCGGUCUUUACUGUGCACCCGUCGAGCUUCCUGGGUCGCUUGCACCCCUGCUCCAACAUCGGUCCAAGUCCGACGCAGGUCAGCCUGUAUAUCAUUCCGACCUCUUCAGCGAGCUGGACGCCACUUCGAUCAGACGAUUGAGUGUGAUUGGAAGCGAAGUGGCCGACGACGAGGAAUUGGACGAAGCAUAUAUGGAACUUCAAGCAGAGUUGAAUGCACAAAAUGCAUUGCAAAUGAACGAAGAACAAGUCACGCCAGAACAAUCCACACAACCAGCAGAUCAACAAUCCACAGACGAACUCUCACACCCAGAAUCAGAACAGACACAAGACGAUGCCCUCUUCGAGGAUGCGGAGGAGCAUCUCCCUCUUGAGCCUGAGGUCGAAGACCUUGUAAUCCCAGCGAACAUUGCCCUCCCAGAAGGUUCAGACUCUGGUAUGCUUGAAUAUUCAGCCCCAACUCUAUUCAAAAGGCUGACGGUUGUAGACCUUGAGGAAGAUAACUUCUCACUUACAAGUGAAGCCGAAGAGCUAGCUAGAAAUGACUCGGCAAAUGGCGGCAAGGUCUUCCACGAUGAUUCCAGCUCUCUCUACAGCACCGACGAAUCCGAAAACGAUGCGGAUUCUACCACAGACGCAGCCACUGUCUCCACACCUCGCACUGCUUCUUUGCUCAGAGCAGACAUGAUGGAGUACUUCGAUGAGAAGAUUCCAGUAUUUUCUGAACCUCCUCAGGUUCUGCCUCUCGUUCCUGCUCCUGGCAUGGCCGCGACUUCUGGACCCCUCGAGGAAUUUUCCUGGUGA